AAACCCGAAAGCCUAACUACUUCUUAACUCUGCUCCUCACUAGUGAACGACCCUGCUGGGGAGACGCCUGGAGACUGACUCCGAGGAACUCGAGAUCUUGACUAAAUUAGAUUCGAGUUCUGAAUUUUUUUUUUAUUUUCUUUCCUGGAUUAACUUUGAAGAUGUGCAAUGUAAUUUUAAGAAGAUUACUAUGGUAUCAAAUGUUAAGGAUUUCAUUGACAUUAUUCUCUUUCGUACCCAAUGACAGAUGCCAACUGUUGUGCACAAAGGUUGUCAUUUCUCGCCUCAGGCAGUUUUACAUGCAUAAAGUGAAAUACACUCAGCAGAAUUUUCAUGAGAAGCUCUCAACAACUAUUGAUGAGUUCCCUCGAUUAGAUGAUAUCCAUCCGUUCUAUGGGGACAUUCUUCAUGUGCUUUACAACAAGGAUCAUUAUAAACUCGCUCUUGGCCAGAUAAAUACGGCAAGAAACCUUAUUGGUAAGAUUGCUAAAGAUUAUGUGAAGCUGUUGAAGUAUGGUGACUCUCUUUACAGGUGCAAGUCUCUUAAGGUUGCGGCCUUAGGAUGCAUGUGUGCGGUUAUAAAGAGGAUUAGCCCAAGUUUAGCCUACUUAGAACAGAUUAGACAACACAUGGCAAGGCUGUCUUCUAUUGAUCCCAAUACUCGAACAAUCUUGAUUUGUGGUGCACAGCAGGCUGCUCUUUUCCACAGCAUUAAGUCAUUUAUGAACAAACCCUUGAUUCUUGUCUGCAACAAGACAGAUCUGCAGCCACUGGAUGGGUUAUUUGAGGAAGAUACGAAGUUGGUCAUGGAGAUGAAAGCAGAAGCCUUGAAGACUGUGAUGUGUCAGGGUGGCAAACCUGCAAAUGAAGAAGGGGUCUUGUUGACUAUGAGCACUUUGACUGAGGAUGGAGUAAUUGCUGUGAAGAAUGCAGCUUGUGAGAGGUUGUUGGAUCAGAGGGUAGAAUUGAAGAUGAAAUCUAAAAGGAUAAAUGACUGCCUAAAUAGGUUUCAUGUUGCAAUACCAAAGCCACGUGAGCAGAAGGAAAGACCUACUUGCAUUCCUCAGGCCGUUUUGGAAGCCAAAGCUAAGCAAGCAGCAAAGAAGGAAAAGAGGAAAACAGAAACGGAUUUGGAGAAUGAGAAUGGUGGGGCUAGAGUCCACUCUGCUAGUUUGAGGAAGAAUUAUAUCUUGGCUAAUGAUGAGUGGAAAGAAGAUAUAAUGCCUGAAAUUCUUGAUGGACACAAUGUGUAUGACUUUGUCGAUCCUGAUACUUUAUUAAGGCUUGAAGAGUUGGAACGAGAAGAGGGUCUUAGACAAGCAGAGGAGGGAGAUGAAGACUUUGAGAUGGAUGGCAUUGAUUUGACUCCAGAAGAGCAAAAGGCACAAGGUGAGAUUUGGAAGAAGAAAAGCUUGCUUAUUCAACAGCAUAGGAUUAAGAAGAGCACUGCAGAGAGUAGGCCCAUUAUACCAGGAAAAGCAAAAUCAAGAGGCCGGAAGAGGGAGAGGUCACUUGACAGGAGAGAUAGUGACGGUGAGGCUAUGGAUAUGGAUUUUGACCAACCGACCAAAAUGCUACGCUUAAGGUCUAGAUCCCAACCGAGAUCAAAGUCACGGCCUCCAAGUGAAAUUCUCCCAGGUCCAAACCCGAUCCGAAGCUUGGCGGUCACAUGGUUCGCUGAACGAAGGCGCAAUUCAGACAGGAGGAUCGUCAAGGCCCAAGCAAAUAGACGGUGACAUGACAUCAAAUCGAUGAGAAACUGUUCGCAAGAGUAUAAAGCUAGAGCGAAGAG